AUGACGUCCAAGAACAUAUCCUCUUCUCUCUCAUGCGCUCUUCUUGUCCUGAUAGGAGUGGUCUGUUUCCCAAUUACCUGCUUUGUUAUCUGCGCGGGUGGCUUCCAGCGACGUGGUAGCAAUCGAAUUAAGAAAGCUCAAAGAAAAGAUAUGGCCAAAGCUUGCAAAAGGAAGAUCAGAGAUAUACCAAAGCCCUUGGAAGAGAGGAGAAAGAGAGAAUUAUCUCUUGAGCCCACCGGACGAAGGAGGGGCUUGGCGAAUGUAUUUUCGACUUGGAAGAGAGAUAGAACGACACCGGCACGCCUCCUUCAACUACCACCCGAGAUUCUGGAGAAGAUCCUCCUGGAAGUUCUAGGCGGGAACACAUUUCAUCUCAUCCAAUGUCGUCGUCGACUAGGGCACAUUCGUUGCAAGGAGCCUCAUAAUAUCGACCGUGCAGCCAAUUAUCAAUACGAUAUUGCGCGCUCCUGCAUUCCUAGUGUCCAAAGACGAAACUACAUGGCAUAUGAAUGGAUGCGCUACUAUAAUAAAAGGCCCUCCCCAUUCUACACACAGUCUGAUUCUUGCCUCGCUAUUCUUCUCACGUGUCGCCAGGUGUACAGCCAAGGAAUUUCCAUUUUGUAUUCCUGCAACACAUUUGAUAUCAAUAAUCCCGAGACAUUACUUUAUCUUUCACAGACCGUCAUUCCCUCAAGACUAAAAUCGAUAAAAUCUCUACAGAUGGAUAUUAAUGCAUUGAUGGGUCCAAGUACCGAGUGUUCGACCCUACCUGGCUCAAUACUAGACUUUUCAAAUUGGAAAAAGUGUUUAGAGAUGUUGGAACGCUUGGAAGGAUUGCAGAACUUGAGAUUGAGGAUGUACUUCGAUCUACCGCGACGUUUCCCUGAUGCUCCUUACAGCGAUGAGCCGGUCCAGAAGUCCCUGAAAGUAAUUCUGGAGGGCACCAAGCUUAGUUCUCUGAGAGGACUGAGCAAAUUUGAUCUCGAGACUAAUAGCCGGGAUACCAAAAGCGUCGAACAGAUGGUGGAGAGUGUGCGUGGUAUUAUUUGUGCUUGA